CGCCUCCAGCGCGGGCCGACCCUGAGGCUGCGCGCUGGGGCCCGAGCGGCCAGAGCAUCGGCGCCACCGCCGAGUGCACACCUCCGCCGCCGAGCUGAGCCGAGAAGAGCCGGGCUAGGUCGUCGGGUCUGACGGCGCUGGGCACCCGCGGGCCUCAGCGGUAAGGAAGGCCGGUCGGCGCAUCGGGCAGCGCGCGGGGCCAGCAGGGACGCGCCCCAGUCGAAUCCCGUGCCCUGGCGCGGCUCGGUCUUUUCCGAGAGCAGGAGCCCGGCGGACCCAGCAUCCUCGGGGCGCAAGGGAGCCCUUCUCAGGCAGUGACAAAGGUGCCCUGGAGCCACGUGCCUCUGGCCAUUGUCUGGGUGGGUGUGUGCAAGCUAAGGAAGCAUGAGGACGCUGGAAGACUCCUCUGGAACAGUCCUGCACCGCCUCAUCCAGGAGCAGCUGCGCUAUGGCAAUCUGACUGAGACACGCACGCUGCUGGCCAUCCAGCAGCAGGCCCUGCGGGGUGGGGCUGGAGCUGGGGGCACAGGGAGCCCCCAAGCCUCCCUGGAGAUUUUGGCACCCGAGGACAGCCAGGUGCAGCAGGCCACAAGGCAGGAGCCCCAGGGCCAGGAGCACCAGGGCGGUGAGACCCACCUGGCAGAGAAUACCCUCUACCGGCUGUGCCCACAGCCCAGCAAGGGUGAGGAGCUGCCCACCUAUGAGGAGGCGAAAGCCCAUUUGCAGUACUAUGCGGCCCAGCAGGCAGGGCCCCGGCCACAUGUUGGUGACCAAGAUCCCCGAGGGGGCCCUGGAGGCAAUCGGAGGCAAGAUGAGGCCCUGCGGGAGCUGAGGCAUGGCCAUGUGCGCUCCCUGAGUGAGCGGCUCCUGCAGCUGUCCCUGGAGAGGAACGGUGCCCGGGCCCCCAGCCACAUGAGCUCCUCCCACAGCUUCCCACAGCUGGCCCGCAAUCAGCAGGGCCCCCCACCCAGGGGCCCCCAUGCCGAGGGCCCGGAGCCCCGAGGACCUCCACCUCAGUACCCACACGUUGUGCUAGCUCACGAGACCACCACUGCUGUCACCGACCCGCGGUACCGCGCCCGCGGCAGCCCACACCUCCAGCAUGCUGAAGUCAGGAUCCUGCAGGCCCAGGUGCCUCCUGUAUUCCUCCAGCAGCAGCAGUACCAGUACCUGCAGCAACCCCAGGAGCAUCUUCCACCCCCACACCCAGCUGCUCUUGGCCACGGCCCACUAGGGUCCCUCAGUCCACCUGGGGUGGAGGGGCCAGCAAACACCCAGGCCUCCUCGGCCACUUCGGGCAGUGCCCAACUGGCCCAGAUGGAGGCUGUGCUGAGGGAGAAUGCCAGGCUACAGAGGGACAAUGAGAGACUACAAAGAGAGCUGGAGAGCUCAGCGGAGAAGGCUGGCCGAAUGGAGAAGCUGGAAAGCGAAGUCCAGCGGCUCUCUGAGGCCCACGAGAGCCUGACGAGAGCCUCUUCCAAGCGGGAGGCCCUGGAGAAGACCAUGCGGAAUAAGAUGGACAGUGAGAUGAGGAGGCUGCAGGACUUCAACCGGGAUCUUAGAGAGAGAUUGGAAUCUGCAAACCGCCGCCUGGCGAGCAAGACGCAGGAGGCCCAAGCCGGCAGUCAGGACAUGGUGGCCAAGCUGCUUGCUCAGAGCUAUGAGCAGCAGCAGGAGCAGGAGAAGCUGGAACGGGAGAUCGCACUGCUGCGUGGUGCCAUCGAGGACCAGCGGCGGCGCGCCGAGCUGCUGGAGCAGGCUCUGAGCAACGCCCAGGGCCGGGCGGCGCGUGCUGAGGAGGAGCUGCGCAAGAAGCAGGCCUACGUGGAGAAGGUGGAGCGGCUGCAGCAGGCACUCGGGCAGCUGCAGGUGGCAUGUGAGAAGCGGGAGCAGCUGGAGCUACGUCUGCGCACGCGCCUGGAGCAGGAACUCAAGGCCCUGCGUGCACAGCAGAGACAGGUCAGCACCCCCAGUGGUGGUGGCAGUGGUGGGUCCCCAGAACUGAGUGCCCUGCGACUAUCCGAGCAACUGCGGGAGAAGGAGGAGCAGAUCCUGGCGCUGGAGGCUGACAUGACCAAGUGGGAGCAGAAGUAUUUGGAGGAAUGUGCCAUGAGGCAGUUUGCCAUGGACGCAGCCGCCACGGCCGCUGCCCAGCGCGACACCACUCUCAUCCGACACUCCCCCCAGCCCUCACCCAGCAGCAGCUUCAAUGAGGGCCUCCUCGCCGGCGGCCACAGGCAUCAGGAGAUGGAAAGCAGGUUAAAGGUGCUCCAUGCCCAGAUCCUGGAGAAGGAUGCGGUGAUCAAGGUCCUGCAGCAGCGCUCCAGGAAAGACCCUAGCAAGGCCCCCCAGGGCUCCCUGCGGCCCGCCAAGUCCGUGCCAUCUCUCUUCGCGGCUGCAGCAACAGCGACCCAGGGCUGGCAGGCGCUGUCCUCCAGUGAGCGGCAAAUGGAUGCCCCUGCCUGGUUGGCUGCAGCAGACAAGGCUCCUGUGGAGGAGCCAGUGGCCACAGCUCCCCUUCCUGCCCAUGCCAAACACGGGAGCAGAGAUGGCAGCACCCAGACUGACGGCCUCCCGGACAGCACCCCGGCCUGCCUGGGACUGGAGCCCGACAGCCUUCUGGGGUGCAGCAGUGGCCAGAGGACAGCCUCACUGGACUCUGUUGCUGCAUCGAGAGUCCAGGACUUGUCAGACAUGGUGGAGAUACUGAUCUGAAGGAGUGGAUGCCGUGGGGACUCCGAACCGUUCCCUGCUCUCCUCUGCCACUCGCGGCCAUUCCAGCAGCCCCUCCAACUGCUGCUUCCCCACUUCCCCCAGCCGGGCACUCAUUCCCGUUGACCAUCUGGUCCCAGGAGCUUAGGAAGGAUGCUACGGGGAGAGAGGGAUGUACCUGUGCCCCCAGAAGACCCUGCUUCUUAGCCCCACAUUCUUCCCAGGCUCAUGCAGAAUGAGGAUUCAGCCUUUACCUGCUGCCCAAGCCUUGCUGCUGAAGGCCUAGAAGAGAGCUGAGACCCUGUGCAUCCCCAGUUGACAGGGAGGAAGGGCAGGGAUAUUUUGGUUUAGGGGCUGACUUCCAAGGAUGGCUGCCCAUGGACAAUAGGUAGUCUGGUUCGGUAAUGGAGUUGGCCAUGGUGUUCCCCUCUGGCUAAGGGUGGUCCCAGCCAACCUCAUCUGUUCCUCAGCUACUCACUGCCUCCUUGGGACCACUAAGACUUGCUCCUGUGGGGGACCGUUUGAAGGUGUUAGUCCUGCAGAAGCCACGGCAUCACCCCUUCACUGGGAGUGGGCAGGGGCUGAUUAGUGGACUGGGAUCUGCUGGGCAGUUUGUACAUAGCCCCCUUGCUUGUGGAACAGAAGAUUGAAGCGUGCUGCUUCGGACUUGUCCCUCCUUCCGUGCUCUCAUCCCUGCUGCCACGGUUCCUGGAACUUCUGACCAGCCUCCCAGUUAGUUCUCAAGUUCUUGGCCCGUGGAUUUUGAUACCGGUUGAUCCACGGAAUAUUUCGCUGUCUUUUCCUCCCACCUUGAGCCGUUUUAAAUGCCCACGGGACCCUCGCCAUCACCAGCCUCUUGCAAUGGCUCCACAGCUCCUGUCCCUGGGACAGCCUGUCGGUCUGGUUGUGAACCCUGAGCCAGAUGAAGUGAGCUACCACACGCAGACAUCUGCCACAGUGGGCUUCCUUGCACCCAGUUCUCGAAGAAAACAAGACAUUGCCUUGUUCUCAUCAGAGUCUUUUUUCCCACCUGGAAGGAUUGAGAGAGGGAGCAAUGCUGGUGAAAACUAGUCAAUGAGGACGUGACAAUUCUUUGAAGGGAGUCCCCAUCACAAAAUGGCACUUGUGAGGCUGGCUCCUCUAGCUACCCGUGCCCGGCGCCCGGAAGCAGGGCCAGUGCUUGGAAUUAGAGCAAAGCAUCCCCGUGGCAGCCUGCCGGCAGCACUGACUUAGACUUCUGGUCUUAAAGAGCGUCCACCCCCCUGCCCCAGCUCAGCCCCUGGAGCGAUUGGUGGGCUUGAGCAGUUUGUCUUGACUGUUUUUAGUUCUUGAAUCUUCAUUUUUUCCUUUCCUGUUUUUAAGUUCUGUAUGUGUUAUUUUAUUCCCAUGGUUCCUUUUUGGACAUUUGCAUUUGCUGGACAAUUGCAUAUUUUUUUUUAAAACCCCCUGGUCCUCUUAAAGCUGAAAAAUACAUUUGGUUCAUGUGCAUUGUUUACAAAGCAAAAAGAAAAAAAAAAAGGAGAAAAAAAGGUAAAAAAGUAUUGUGAAAGGAGAAAAAAACACACAACUUAAUAUAUUUUGGAUUAAUAUUUGGUAUUUCUUUUAAAGUAUUUUUUUGUGCUGUGAACAUUUUCUGCCAAAGACCAUGAUGUGUGUCUGUAUGUUUAAGUUAUCGUAAAUAUUUAAAAUGUAAACAUGGCUGUUUUGUUAUGCCACCCUGUACCAGGAUUGCUGCUGCAUUCCACUGGGUAUUACAGUAUUUUAAUAAAAAAUAAGAAUUAAAAGUGGUGUCUGUACAGGUGAGACUGCACUGAGAAUGAAGGAAAGCCAAGGGGAUGGGGACUGGGAGGGAGCCAC